AUGACAAAAAUUGGAGCGGCUUUAAUUGAUUUGAGUGGCACACUUCAUAUUGAAGAUUUGGCUAUUCCUGGAGCUGCUGCUGCUCUGGAGCUUCUACGCAAGCAUGUCGAAGUGAAAUUUGUGACAAAUACGACUAAGGAAUCUUCUCGAAAACUUCACGAUCGUCUCGUGAAAUGUGGCUUCAGAAUUGAUCGGUCCGAAAUAUUUACGAGUUUGAUCGCUGCGCGCCAUUUCAUUCAAAAUCACAAUUACCGCCCGUUUUUUAUUGUGGACGAUGAGGCGAUGGAAGAAUUCGAAGGUAUCGAGACGAAUGAUCCGAACGCGGUUGUGAUUGGAUUGGCUCCCAGAAAAUUUAACAAUGACACAAUGAAUACCGCAUUUCGGCUUAUAAAAGAAAAAAAUGCCGCGUUAGUCGCCAUUCAUAAGGGUAGAUACUAUCAGAAGAAAGACGGCAUUCAUAUUGGACCAGGAGCUUACGUGGCUGGUCUCGAAUAUUCUACAGGAACCAUGGCCGAAGUGAUUGGAAAACCCAACGCGCUAUUUUUCCAACUGGCUCUCGAAUCUGUUCAAAAGAGCGCCGACGUUAAACUGGAUUGCUCGAAUGUUGUGAUGAUUGGUGACGAUGUUAAAGAUGACGUCGGCGGAGCAUUGAACGCUGGAAUGAGAGGAAUUUUAGUGAAAACAGGAAAAUAUCGGACAGGUGAUGAAGAUGUGAUCAACGAAGAGAAUAGGAAUGUCGCCGAUUCGUUUGUUGAAGCUGUUCAGAUGAUUAUCGACGACAAUGUCCUCUAG